UUUGUAUAUCUUCUUUUGAUCUCCUUGUCUCCAGGUGUCCUGUCCCAGGUGCAGCUGCAGGAGUCAGGCCCAGGACUGGUGAAGCCCUCGCAGACCCUCUUCCUCACCUGCACCAUCUCUGGUGACUACAUCACAACCAGUGGUUAUAGUUGGCACUGGAUCCGUUAUAGUGGUGGUACAGCUUAUAACCCAUCCUUCAACAGCCGCACCUCCAUCACCAGAGACACGUCCAAGAACCAGUUCUCCCUGCAGCUGAGCUCUGUGACAGAUGAGGACACAGGCAUGUAUUACUGUGCGAGACCGAUCAUUACGAUCUCGUAUUAUUUUCCUGAAACUUUAGAUCAGUCCAGCAGCAUCCUGUCCCUAAGUGUCCUGUCUCAGGUGCAGCUGCAGGAGUCAGUCCCAGGACUGGUGAAGCCCUCGCCGACCCUGUCCCUCACCUGCACAGUCUUUGGUGACUCCAUCACCAGUGGUUAUGAUUGGAGAUGGAUUCAUGAGCACUCAGGGAAGGGGUGUGAGUUAAUGGGAUAUAUUAGUUCUGCUGGCAGCACAAGUUAUGCCCCAUCCCUCAAGAGCCUCAUCUCCAUCAUCAGAGAUAUGUCUAAGCUGCAUUUCUCCCUGCAGCUGAGCUCUGUGACUUUCAAGGACAUGACUACAUAUUACUGUGCAAGGGACAGUGAGGGGAAGUCUGUGUGA